UCUGCAGACAGGUGAACAUGGCGGCUCAGGUGUCCGCGGUGCUCGUGCUGCUGCUCGGACUCUCCUGUUCUGGAUCCAGUUCGGACUCUGACCGCGGGAGGAUGGAGCUGCGGCGCGUGCGGAGCCUGGCAGCUCAGCCCAGGUACGGAGAAUGUUGGGCGCGUGCUCUGGACCACCUGGACACUCGGUGUAGGGAUUUGACGUCAGAGAGCCAGAGCCGGAUCGCGCUGAGCUUCACGCUGUGUCACCUGAGCAGCUCAGGCAGAGAUAUCCCAUCAUGCCCUGAGGGGUCAGAGGUCAGCAGUUGUACAGGUGUGAUGGACUCUGUGGCCUUUAACACCUACACCGAGUUCUUCACACACACCCACGCCAUGUGUCACUUCCUGCAGUCUGAAGCCUGGCAGAGCCGAGCCGAGAGCACCAUGUACAGGUUAACCGAGAGUUCAGCAGGGGUCGCAGAGCAGCUACAGUCCACCAGGCAGAUGGCCGAAGAACUUAUUGAUGCCCAGAGUGCUGCCUUACAGGCUCAGCAGGAGAUCCUGAGCAAUGGAGAGGAGCUAAGAGUCACUCUGAAAGACUCCACCCAGGGUCUGCGUGCAGUCUUCACUGAGCUUAGCAGUGUCUCCAGGGAGCAGCAGGUGGCGCUGUCUGAGCUCUUUAACAGGGUUUCCUUCCUGCAGAGUUUCCUGAUGAUGGAGGCUCACAGUCUGAGCUCCUGCUGCUACAACGCCGCCGCCCUCUGCACCUCCUUCCUCCUCACCGCCACCCAGCGCUCCUCCAAAGCCAGGUUGGCUCUGUUGAGUCUGGUGUGUUUAAAUUUCUACCUGGAGAGGAAGAUCUACCAGUUUGUGAUCAGUUCUGAUCAUUCAGAGCACAGUCACAUGGAGCUGGUCAGUGUGUAUGUCGGCGUGUUGCGGAGGGUCAUGGUGUGUAUCGGAGUGUGUGUCCUGCUGUCUGUGUGCGUUCGCUACAGAGACCCGGUGCAGCAGAGUCUGCAGGUGCUGCAGCAGCUCAGAGAGACUCAGAGGAGCCUGCAGGAGGCGCUGCAGCAUGCAGAAAGUUUGGGGGAACAACAGAAGAAGAAUCAGUCUGAUGUGAAGAGGAGGUCAGAGAGCAGAAGAAAAGAGGAGACGCCGAGGAGGAGGAAGGAGAUUAAAGAAGAAGAAGAGGAGGAUGAGGAAGAGAGCACGCUGGUGUCUCCAACCAUAGACGGCUCAGACUUAUCUCAUCUGUCUCUCACCGGUUGGAGCAACGACAGUCUCCUAAGCAGCACAGUGAACCAAUCAGUGAACAGCUUAGUCGCUGACAUCACUCUGCAGCCAAGCUUUACCCAGCAUGCCUCAGUGAGUCGUAGCAGGCGUUCUCGUGGCUCCUCCCACUCUCCCCUGGUGUACAGCGUGCUGGUCGAGGACGGACAGCCUCGUUACAGCCUGAGGAGCAGACGAUCAGAGACGCACUGAUCUUCACAGCAACUUCAUGUAGGACGCUUUUAUUUUUUUACACUAAUUUAUCAAUAAAACAGAUUUUUAUAUUUAAA